GUCGUGAUUAAAAAUUAAAAAAUAAUCGCAUUAAUCAGAAACAUAUGGGUAUAAAACUAUAAAUAGCUGUAGAAUACUCAUAUAAAUAAAGAGAAUUAUAAUACAUAGAAAGUUAUUAUAAACUGAAUUCCUAAAUUUAUUUAGCAUUAUAAUAUUUAAAAAUGCCAUGAUAAAAAAUAAAAAAUAAAAAAUCGCAUUAAUCAGAAACAGAGGGGUAUAAACUAUGAAUAGUAAACAAUCAAAAGUGUGUCUCAUAUUAAUGCAUAAGGUAAUGAAGGGUAUCUUUGAAAAAAAGGGAUAAAUAGUCACAUGAGAGUGAACUGUGAAGUGUGAUGCUCAUUCUUCCAUUCCCACUGUUAGAUCUGACAUCAAUAACACUCCCUUCUUUUCAAAGCUGCUCAUCAUCUUCUUCCUUUUUUUUCCAACUAAAUAUUUAUAUUGUCUAUUCUUUCCUCCAAUCUUUAGAUAGAAGCUCACCUAAUGACAAAUAUUACACUAUAGUCAGUAUAUAUGUAUUAUUAGUAUCCUUUAAAAUAAGAUCAUUUAUUUCAAAGUGUAUUAUUAAUUUCUUUAUAUCCUUACCUCUUGGAUCUUUCUACCAUAUACAACCAAUACCUUAUAAUAUAUAGUUUUAUUGUUAUUAUUAUUUUUAUUAUUAGCUCAUCAAAUUAGCUUCCUUUCUUCUUCAUUAGUUUAUUGGGUCUUGUGAAAGUUCAUUUUUUUUUAGCUCCCCAAUGUAUUGACCUUAAGCUUUUAAUCACUUCCACUUAGUUUAAUUCACAUUAAAGUAUUGUUUAAGCUUUAGGUAAUCUAUAAUAUUAGCAAGUGAGAUGAGCUAAGCUAGUAUAUUACAUAUAUGUUCCUCUCCCAUAUACAUACACAUAUAUUAGGAAGGAGGAAUAAUAUAGACCUUUUGGUUUUUUUUUUUGGUUAACCUCAUUUUUUUGGUAUAAUUUUGAGGAAUUUUGGAAAUAAGUAAAGAAAAUUGAAGAAGAUGAAGUUAAGUAGGAUGUUGGAUUCACUAUGUCUUGCUUUUGAUUCAAAGACAUGUUUUUGUAUCAAUUCUGUUGAAGCUCAUGAAGAUGAUGAAGAGUUUGAACAAGAAAGGAAACCUCUCUUUGAAGGUCAAAAGAAACAAGUUUUAACUCUUAAAGAUGCAAUUUCUGGUUCUCAAAGCUUGGCUUUGCUCAUGAAACCUAAGACAGUGGUACUGAAGGUGUCAAUGCAUUGCAAUGGUUGUGCAAAGAAAGUGGAGAAACAUAUCUCAAAAAUAGAUGGAGUGAUGUCUUACAAAGUAGACUUGGAAAGCAAAAUGGUGGUGGUAAUUGGUGAUAUCCUCCCUUUUGAGGUAUUGGAGAGUAUUUCCAAGGUUAAAAAUGCCCAACUUUGGACUUUUGGCAUCUAAUAAUAACCACACAAGAGCAAGGAUCACAAACAAGAGGAGAAGGAUUAUGAAGAAGAUCAAAGUAUAUUGUACAUUUAAUAUUUUUGUGACCCUUGAUUAAUUAAGCUAUAUUACUACUUAAUUAUGGCA